CGUAACUGCAGCGCAAAAUUAAAUUAGACUUGUGGAUAACGUGUUGGACCACCUUCCUGUCACAUGUCUGCUACAGUAGGAUCAUAUGACUUCAGUCGAUGAAAAUGAAAGCUGGGUGCAGCCAGCUAAAAUCUGUGCUUAUUUUGAUCUUUAAUUUACGUUUUUACGCAAGUUAUCAACUGACUGAGCUGCAGGUAUGUGAGCUCUGCAGCGGUACAGUCCUAAACGGCACCGCAGUGGGCCAGUUUUGCUCCUCCUCCGCUGGUCGGAUAGACGGGCGCUGCUGCUUGAGAAAUGACAACACAAGCAACCCUGAACACAUCAUCGGGUUGGAUCUGUCCAAUUGUUCACUAUCUCAUGUGGAGGAUCUUCAGGAAGCAUCAACAGCUUUAAUGAUAGACCUCUCACUAAAUCCUAUUGUCAACAUCAGCGACACAGCAUUUCAAGGAUUUAUUGAGUUAAAUUACAUAAUUUUGCCACAAGACAUAGUUUGUCCAGGUGGCAGCACUUCUUGGGGAAAGGUGGAGGUCAAAGAGGGAAAUCGUUUUUGUGAAGGCCAGAAAGAUAUGUGCAACCAAACUGGACAGCUAUCCAUUAACUGCCCGGAGAACUCCCUCUGCGCCCCCUACGGCCCCGGCUUCUCCGAGUGCAGCUGUGCUGACAACUAUCAUGGAUACAAGUGUCUUCGAGAGGGGGAGUUCCCGGCUCUGCAGGUGUUUGGGCCUCUUGGAGCAUCAACAGUGGUGAUCUCUUUCCUGCUGUGGGUCACCCAGAGACGUAAAGCCAAAUCAUUCUAAGCUGAGCCGCAGUCGACUUCUUUAUCUGCAAUGAUCUACUGAGCUGAAACUGAAAGGGAAAAUGCUGACACAAAGCCUGAGGUUAUCCCCAGGCUUCUUCUAAACAUUGUUUUAUUCUUCUUUUGUGUGACAGAUAUAUUUUAUCAAGGUAAAAACUGACAUUGACUUUGUGUUUUAUACUGCAUAAUGAGUGCAAUUUUAGAGAGAAAAUAAUUUCAACAAGUUUUACAUUUACAUUUUUUUUGGCAAUAAUAGCAGUUACCAUUUAAAUUAUUUUUUGACAGUAGUUGUUGGGUCUGGUGUAGUUGACCGACACAAGAUACUAAUGAAGAGGUUGCGGUGAAGAAAGUUCUGAGGGCUUGCUCGCUGUUAACUGUGCCAAAAAUGCACUGAAUGUGUACUGGUUUACACGAUGGAAUGAAGUCAGGUUUAUUCUAUGAAUCAUGAUGUGAACCAUCAGUUUUUCCAUUAAGUUAGAUAAAAAAAGUGGGACAUUGAGUUUGACUUACUACAGUAUUUUAUUUAGUGGUCACCUGCUUUCAUGCUGUUACCACAUCUCGUAUGUUUCAACUCCAAGAAGACACAAGACUCAAAAUGUCGUGUGCCUACUGUUGAGUUACACUGAACUCAUCUGCUAAAACGUAUUCAUAAGUCACAUGUGGAAACUGUCUCGAUGUUGAUGGGUGAGUAGUUUUGACGCUUCUUAUCAAUGAGAUUCAGGGUUCCAAUAAAAUAUAAAAAAACAGUA